AUGGAAGAACCCUUUUGGUACGGUUUAGCUCUCAUCAUCUUCACCUUGCUUCUCAAGCUAUCCACAACUAAACUUAGACAAAAACACAAGAAGAACUUGCCCCCAAGCCCACCAUCUCUUCCCAUGAUCGGCCAUCUCCAUCUUGUAAAACAACCAAUCCACCGAACCCUCCAAGCUCUUGCUGAAAAAUUCGGCAAAGUUCUCCGACUCCGCUGGGGUUCACGCAGAGUCCUCUUGGUUUCUUCGCCUUCGGUAGCGGAAGAGCUUUUCACAAAGCACGACAUCAUCUUCGCCAGCCGGCCACGCUUUGCCUACGACUAUACAACAGUCACUUUGGCUCCCUAUGGAGACCUCUGGCGCAACCUCCGCCGCGUUAUGACUCUUGAGGUCUUCUCCUCUGCUCGCCUUGCGCAGUUUUCGAGUAUCAGGCAAGGAGAAGUCCGCUUGUUACUAAAUCAGACAAUGAAGAGUUGUGCUAAGAGCAUGACAAAGGUCGAGCUCAAGUCAAAGUUUACGGAGCUUUCGUUUAAUGUGAUGACGAUGAUGGCUGUGGGGAAGAGGUACUACGGUGAAAAUGUUUUGGAUGCUGAAGAGGCUAAGAAUAUACAAAAGGUUAUUAGGGACGGAGUGGACAUAUCCGGGGCAACAAAUUUCGGAGACUUUUUCCCGUUCUUACAAUGGAUGGAUAUGACGGGAAUUGAGAAGAAGAUGGUGAGCUUGAUGGCAAAAAUGGACAACUUUUUGCAGGGCUUGGUUGAUGAGCGCCGUGAAAUUUUGUCAGCGACUUGUGGAUCGAAUAGGAAAGAGGUCAAGAAGUUGAUGAUUGAUAACCUGUUGGCGCUCCAAGAAAGGGAACCCCAAUUCUACACUGAUCAAAUAACCAAGGGAAUUAUUAUGGUGAUGCUGGUAGCCGGAACUGACACUUCAUCAGCAACCCUAGAAUGGGCAAUGGCGCUGCUGCUAAACCAUCCGGAGGCAAUGGAGAAAGUAAGAGCCGAAAUAGACACCAAGGUUGGACAAGAGCGUCCGUUGGAAGAGCAAGACUUGCCGAAGUUCACUUACUUAAAAAAUGUGAUCAAUGAAACACUUCGCUUGUACCCACCCACUCCACUUCUGGUGCCUCAUGAAGCCUCUGAGGAUUGUGUGGUAGGGGGAUUUGAUGUGCCACGUCAUACUAUGUUAUUCAUUAAUGCGUGGGCCAUCCAUAGGGACCCUGAGCUGUGGGAGGACCCUACAAAAUUUAAGCCAGAGAGGUUUGAGGGAUGGAGUGGGGAGGGCUCUGAAGGGUACAAGCUAAUUGCGUUUGGAGCUGGAAGGCGUGGAUGUCCAGGGGCUGGCCUAGCAAGCAGGUUGGUUCGAUUGGCACUGGGAAGUUUGGUUCAGUCAUUUGAGUGGGAGAGGAUUAGUGAAGAGAAUGUGGAUAUGAGUGAAGGUUUGGGGCUUACCAUGCCAAGGGCCAAGCCCUUGGAGGCUAUGUGCAAACCACGCCCGCUCAUGCUAGCUUAGCUUCCAUCAUAUAGCAACGUACGUAAGGACAUAGAGUGGGGCCAAUCAAUAAUACCUAGUAGCCCUAUAUAUGUGGUCUAGGACCCAUCAACUUGAAACAA